AUGAGUGACGUCUCUGCUUCCAGUGGAUGUGAACGAUUUUUUGAGGAAACGAGGGAUGUUUCGCCUGCGAACUUGCUGGUGAAAAUUGAAUGUUUUUCGUUAUUCUCAAAGUAUGGGAUUGACAAGUACGAAUCCAGGACAUUUGAAGCCGGAGGCUAUAAAUGGAAACUGAUAAUAUAUCCUGAUGGUGAAAACGACUACCUUUCUGUAUACUUUUCCAUUGUUGAUGCUGAAUCCCUGCCUGAGGGGUGGGAGGUUAAUGCCAUAUUUGCCUUCUUCGUGCACAAUCAAUUAAUGGACAAUUACCUCUGCUUUCGAGGAACAACGCGCCGUUUCAAUUCUGUUAUUCAAAAACGUGGAUUUUCUAAGUUGAUGUCUAAGAAGAGUUUAAUGGAUCCAAGUAAAGGUUAUGUUGUGGACGAUGGUUGUGUGUUUGGGGCUGAAGUUUUUGUUAUCAAAAGCCAACGUGUCAAUGAAUGUUUGAGUUUGGUUAAACACACAUCUGUGUUUAAGCGCGAAUGGAAGAUUUCGGGAUUCUCCAAACUGGGAGAUGUCUGGAAUUCGGAAGAGUUUUAUGUUGGAAAUCACAAAUGGAAAGUUGAGUUGUAUCCCAACGGGGAGACUUCGCACGAAAAAGGCCGCUAUGUCUCCAUCCAUCUUGUGUGUGUUGGUUCAGCUGAGUUUGGUCCUCAUCAGAAGGUGAAGGCAGCGGUUUUGAUGUUCCUAAAAAGCGAGCUCAAUGCUACCCACCACUCUUACAAUUUAAAUCAUUGGUUUAUAGCUAAUGAAAGUUGGGGAUUUAACGAAUUUAUAUCAAUUGAUAAAAUGUUCACAAGUGGCUUCCUUGCUGACGAUUGCUGCUGUGUAGGUGUAGGCAAUUAA